AUGCAGACAUCAGAGACUGGGUCGGAUACAGGUUCAACUGUGACUUUACAGACAUCUGUGGCUGGCCAGGCAGCAGUGCCCACACAAGUAGUACAGCAAGUACCAGUUCAGCAACAGGUGCAACAAGUGCAGACUGUGCAACAGGUACAGCAUGUCUACCCAGCCCAGGUUCAGUAUGUGGAGGGAAGUGACACAGUCUACACUAAUGGAGCUAUCCGAUCAACAACUUAUCCUUACACAGAAACCCAGAUGUACAGCCAAAACACUGGGGGAAAUUAUUUUGAUACUCAAGGAAGUUCUGCACAGGUGACAACAGUGGUCUCGUCUCAUAGCAUGGUGGGCACUGGAGGUAUUCAGAUGGGUGUCACAGGAGGACAACUCAUUAGCAGCUCAGGAGGGACCUAUCUGAUUGGCAAUUCAAUGGAAAAUUCUGGUCAUUCAGUGACUCAUACAACGCGGGCCUCUCCAGCGACAAUUGAAAUGGCGAUUGAGACACUGCAAAAGUCUGAUGGUCUGUCCACUCACAGAAGCUCUCUUCUCAACAGCCAUCUUCAAUGGCUUUUAGACAACUAUGAAACUGCAGAAGGAGUGAGCCUUCCAAGAAGUACCCUUUACAACCAUUACUUACGACAUUGUCAGGAACACAAGUUGGAUCCAGUCAAUGCUGCCUCCUUUGGAAAACUCAUACGGUCAAUCUUCAUGGGAUUACGGACCAGAAGACUUGGAACUAGGGGGAACUCCAAAUAUCAUUACUAUGGGAUUCGUGUCAAGCCAGACUCUCCUCUGAAUCGACUACAAGAGGACAUGCAAUAUAUGGCUAUGAGACAACAGCCCAUGCAGCAGAAACAGAGGUAUAAGCCUAUGCAGAAAGUGGAUGGAGUUGCAGAUGGCUUCACCGGAAGUGGUCAACAGACAGGCACAUCUGUUGAACAAACUGUAAUUGCCCAAAGUCAACAUCAUCAACAGUUUUUAGAUGCAUCUCGAGUACUUCCAGAGUUUGGAGAAGUUGAAAUAUCUUCUCUACCAGAUGGUACUACCUUUGAGGACAUCAAAUCACUGCAGAGUCUUUAUCGAGAGCACUGUGAGGCAAUACUGGAUGUGGUUGUGAAUCUUCAAUUCAGCCUGAUAGAAAAAUUGUGGCAAACUUUCUGGCGCUAUUCUCCCUCUGCUCCACCUGAUGGCACUACUAUUACUGAACCAAGCAAUCUGAGUGAAAUAGAAAGUCGACUUCCAAAAGCAAAGCUGAUUACUCUGUGCAAGAAUGAGUCUAUUCUGAAAUGGAUGUGUAACUGUGACCAUGUGAUGUAUCAGGCUUUGGUGGAGAUUCUCAUUCCUGACGUCCUUAGACCUAUUCCUAGUGCCUUGACCCAAGCCAUUCGCAAUUUUGCAAAAAGCCUUGAAGGUUGGCUUUCAAAUGCCAUGAACAAUAUUCCACAGAGGAUGAUACAAACCAAGGUUGCCGCUGUAAGUGCCUUUGCCCAGACUCUGCGAAGAUACACAUCUCUUAAUCACCUGGCUCAAGCAGCUCGUGCUGUGCUUCAAAAUACUUCUCAAAUCAACCAGAUGCUCAGUGAUCUUAACCGUGUUGAUUUUGCCAAUGUUCAGGAGCAGGCUUCCUGGGUGUGCCAGUGUGAUGACAACAUGGUUCAGAGACUAGAAACAGAUUUCAAGAUGACUCUUCAACAGCAGAGCACUCUGGAGCAGUGGGCUGCCUGGCUUGAUAACGUAAUGAUGCAAGCGUUGAAACCAUAUGAAGGAAGACCCAGCUUUCCUAAAGCAGCACGGCAAUUUCUGUUAAAAUGGUCUUUCUACAGCUCAAUGGUGAUUCGAGAUUUAACCUUGCGCAGUGCUGCUAGCUUUGGCUCUUUUCAUCUGAUCCGCUUGCUUUACGAUGAAUACAUGUUUUACUUAGUAGAACAUCGUGUUGCUCAGGCAACAGGAGAGACACCUAUUGCAGUUAUGGGAGAGUUUGGUGAUUUAAAUGCUGUGUCCCCUGGCAACAUGGAUAAAGAUGAGGGCAGCGAAGUUGAAAGUGAAAUAGAUGAAGAGCUGGAUGAAAAUGGAGAGCCACAACCCAAGAGGGAGAAAACAGAGCUAAACCAGGCGUUCCAGGUGGGCUGCAUGCAGCCAGUGCUUGAGAGUGGAGUACAGCAGAACCUCCUGAACCCAAUUCAUAAUGAGCACAUUGUUGCAACUACUCAGACUAUCAGACAAUGCAGUGCUACUGGAAAUACAUAUACUGCAGUCUAAUAUGAAACUUCCCCUCCGACACACACCCCAUUACCUUAGCCCUUUGGGUUUAAUAUGAAAAAAAAAAAUAAAGAGAAUAAGUCCGAAGGUUGACUGUUGUCAAAUUUUAGCUGUGCUGAACAUUAUUUUAUUGGAGUUGUUAAAUGGAAUGGGUGUAUGUAUUUUGCCAGAUCUGUUUAAAAAAAAAAGAGAUUUUUUUGUAAACAGAAUCAUUUUACAUUGGCCGCUCAAUAUGAAGAGUUUUCUUAGUAUCAAAUGCAAGGAAGAUUUUUGCAAAGCUUAAUGUUAAUGUU